AUCGAUUAGAAACGGUUGUCGUCCGGAAAUUUGGCUCAGGUAAAAUCAGCGCAUAUUUUCCCAGACAAAAUGGCGAUUUAGGGUGGUCGUGUUUAAACGGCAUUUUCUCAAAGUUAAAAAAGCAUUUGACCUAAAAAAAUAUCUGGUGCAUUUUUCGAUAUAAUAAGGUAUAUCUGGGCAAAAUUUGAGCAAAAUCGAUUUCUCAGUCGUGGCCGCCUUAUGUUUGAUUUUUGUCGACAUCCUCUCUUAAUUCUUUUUCUCUAUCCAAUCUAUAGUUGGGAAUCACAAAUUAUUGAGCCGUACACUCCGUUUUAAAAAAUGUGUUGAUUUGUUUUUAAUUUUAAAGGCAGCACUUAAGAAGGAGGACAUCAACAUUCUUAUCCUUGGCGAGACUGGUGUAGGCAAGUCUACUUGGAUUAAUGGCAUUGCCAAUUAUGCGAAGCAUGGCUCCCUCCAAGAUGCCAUAGAUGCUCCGGAAUUCACCGUUUUGAUUCCAUCCAGGUACAAACAGUUUUCGAAUCUUCCAUGUUUUUGACAUGUACAUAACGAAUGCUAAGUGCCAGGAAGGGAAUCGUGAUUUUUUUCAUCUUCCACAAGUCUAGUUUUAAAACACACCCGAUAUAUUAAUUUUAAAAAACCCAACUAAAAUCUGUGAAAAAAGAGGAAUGCUUUUUAACACCUCUUUGUGUCACUUUCCAAAUGCAGGAACUAAGAUCUUAAUUGAAAAAAAAGCUAAUUAAAACUUAACAAUUGUUGUUGUAUUUAAUAUGAAAUUAUUUACACAAGCUUUACUGACGUCCAUAGAUAAUGAAAGUGUCAAGAAUACCAGAGAAUCAGACAGAUUUUGCAAAUUUUAAAAAUGUUAGGGAACCCACAUACACAUAAACGAAUACACAUAGACAUUUUCAGACGUUCUGGUAGGGCAAUUUUGUUGCAUCAUCAUAAAAAGUUGUUAUUAAAUAUAGCAGUUUAAUGAGAUAAUGGUAACAUUUUGAAACUUUCUUUAUCUUAGAUUUGUUUUUACAAAUGAAGAUGGUGAGGGGAUUGACAUUGCAUUUGGAACUGAUUCAAAUGAAGUUCUAAAUGGUGGCCAAUCUGCUACCCAGUUCCCUCAAGAGUACAUGAUUGAAACCAACACAACAAGGUUCCACCUUAUUGACACUCCAGGAAUUGGGGACUGCAGGGGUAUUGAAAAAGACAAAGAAAAUUUUGAAAACAUCUUGGCCUUUCUUACCUGUUAUGACAAGAUUAACGCUGUUGUUGUCCUUCUCAAACCAAACAACGCUAGAUUGACUGUGGCUUUCAAGUUUUGUGUGUUAGAGUUGUUAACACACCUCCACAAAUCUCUGGUGUCCAACACCAUCAUUGCCUUUACGAAUUUCCGCGGAACCUUCUAUAGACCAGGCGACAGCCUCCCAGUUCUUAAAAACCUGCUCCAGAGUCAUAGUAUUGAAAUCGAUGUAUCUCUAUCAAAUUAUUUUUGCUUUGACAACGAAGUUUUUAGGUAUUAAGAUUAAUAAUAUAUCUCAAACUCAUUAACAAUUCAUGAGUAAAUUAUCCAAACAUAUUGCUUUAUUUUGCUCACAUGAUAAUAUUAUAUACCAGAUGAAGUCCAUUGAUUCAGUCCUAGGACUGAAUCGAAAUUAAUUCAGUCCUUGGACUGGAUCAAAAUGAAUUAAUUAGUGAUUUAUUCGUAGGAGAUGUCAUUUCAAAUCCUCCAAUUCGGACUGGACUAGAUUUCAAGUCCUGGCAUUUUGAUCCAGUCCUCGGCUUUCCCUCUGACGUGAUCAAAUUGCGCCGACUGGAUAUCUAAUGCAGUCCUCACAGUCGUAUUUGAAAUAUUUCGUAGAACAGGGGAUAGCGUCUCGUGUUCCUUGCACCCUCCAUCAAGCCAUUGUGUUAAAUGUCAUUUUUAUGUUAAAUUUAAAUUUAUUUGCGGAUUCUGGUGAUAAUUAUUAUUUCUUGGGUUGGAGAUGAAAAGUAUUUAUGUACCUAAAAAAGCUGGAGGACGUUGAGUGCACCAAAUUUGGCAAGAAGUCUAAUAAUCCAUACGUUGAUGCUGAUGUUUUUGUUUUAUUAUCUCAUUUACAGGUUCCUUGCUUGCCAUAAAAGUGGAACCAAGUUCACGUUUGAAGAAAUUGACCUCUACUCAAAGAGUUGGAUUAAGUCGUGUGAUAUAACUUGCCAAAUGUUUGACCUCAUUAAGAAAAAAAAGCCCCAUUAG